GAAGCGCCUCACACGAUUUUACUCUGACCAGGCCCAUCGAUACCAACUCGUUGGUAGUUGAACGGGGCUUUUGGUAAUAAUCAUGGCUCUGUAAUAAGCGAACAAAGUGCCUGAUUAACAACUGUGAAGAAACAAGGAGAUUUGACUUUAGGUGCCGUUUUUACGCUCAUCGUUGGAGCUUCAGGUUUAAAUCCCGUGACGCCCAGCUAAGCGGCUAGCUAUAGACGAGCCUCUAAAUUAGAUUCUGGUGUAUGUUUCAAGAUGUCAACAGCGGGGUUCAAUUCUCAGAAUGGGACUGGGACGGGGCAGAUGUACGCGAAUGGUCCAUCACAGAACCCAGUUGCCCUACAGCAGCCUCCAGGAGUCAACUAUGACAUGAAUCACCAACCAGCCUACAAUCCAAUGCAGGCUAAAGCUCCACCACCCCCUGGCCCUGGUCUCUACCCCUCUGGACCAUAUCAGUCAGUCCCCCCCGUCAGUUUCUAUCAUCCAGACCCACCAGUUGCAUCUUAUCCUUCCUCUCCAGGCCAGCCACUGUUAUCCAGACCUCCAAUGGGAGGUCUUUCAUCCUAUACCCCCCCUCAGUCUGCCAGCCCUGGUCCUAGGAUUCCCCCUCCACAACAAACGCCACCUCCUCCUGCUGUCUCUUCUAGUGGCUACUACUCAAACCCUCAGCAGCCAGUGGCUCCAACAUGGCAGUACAACGCAGCAACUCCACCAGUGGGGCCAGCUGCAUCAAUGAGAGCGCCCCCCAGAGGGCCUUUGGCGAAUCAUGUGAAUCCAGUUGUGAGCUUAGCUGCACCGUCUCCACUGUCUUCAUCAGCUUACAGCUCUGCACCACCAUCAAAAAUGUCCCAAAGUCCCACCCAAAUCUCAGGCCCAGGAGUUCCCCCCACUUCCAUGCAUGGAUACACUCAGCCAGGCCCUGCACCUCCUCCUAUGGCUCCUCAAUCAUACCAAAACAGACCUGCCUAUGGGCCUCCACCUACAGGACCUCCACCAACCAUGAAGCCCGCACCACCUUUAGCCGCCCCCACUAUGGCCAGUGCCACACCUGCACCACCCAAGGCGGAUGGGGCGGUGGCUGGCGGUGUCCCACAGGCUCCAAACAGCUAUAAUCAUGUCGACAGCAGAAUGGCUGGCCCGACUCAGCCUGGUCCACCUGGUCGGCACUUGGGUCACUACCCUUCCCUCCCACCUGGGUACCAGAACACCCCGGCUCCCCCUGCAUCCUCCUCCAUGCACCCAGCAAUUCAAGCUGCCACCCAGCCUUACACUCAAGCACCUCAGCAGUACCAGCAGCCGCCCGGUGGUCCAGGUCCAGCUCAGCUGAGUCCAUCAUUGGCAGCCAUGAGCCUCCAGUCGAAAACCCCAGAAGCCCUGAGGGUGGUCAACCUGCUGCAGGAGAGGAACCUGCUGCCAACAAGCCCAAUUCCUGCCCCCACACCCUGUCUGCCCCAGGACCUGCAGAAGUUGAACUGCAACCCAGAGGUUUUUUGUUGCACAUUGACCAGCAUCCCUCAGACCCAAGCUCUACUUAAUAAAGCUAAGAUGCCUCUGGGCCUGCUGCUCCACCCAUUCAAAGACCUCUCACAACUUCCUGUAGUGACAUCUAGCACCAUUGUCAGGUGUCGAUCCUGCAGAACCUACAUCAAUCCCUUCGUCUCCUUCCUGGACCAGAGAAGAUGGAAGUGCAACCUGUGUUAUCGAGUCAAUGAUGUUCCAGAGGAGUUUAUGUACAACCCGGUCAGCAGAUCAUACGGAGAACCGCACAAAAGGCCCGAAGUCCAGAAUGCCACUAUCGAGUUUAUAGCUCCUUCUGAAUAUAUGCUGAGGCCACCACAACCUGCUGUUUAUCUGUUUGUUUUGGAUGUAUCCCACAAUGCCGUGGAGACGGGCUACCUGAAAGAGUUCUGUCAGUCUGUGCUGGACAACAUCCACUCGCUUCCUGGAGACUCACGAACAAAAGUUGGCUUCAUAACGUUCGAUAGCACCAUCCAUUUUUACAACCUCCAGGAGGGACUCUCCCAGCCACAGAUGCUCAUCGUGUCCGACAUUGAAGACAUCUUUUUACCAACACCAGACAGCCUUCUAGUAAACCUCAAUGAAUCCAAGGAGCUUGUGCAGGAUCUGCUGAAGAGCCUGCCUAAUUUAUUUGAGAAGACGAUGGAGACCCAGUCUGCCCUGGGUUCAGCUCUACAGGCAGCCUUCAAGUUGUUGUCUCCCACCGGAGGGCGAAUGUCUGUGUUUCAGACGCAGCUGCCUAAUCUGGGUGUGGGGGCUCUUCAGUCCAGGGAGGACCCCAACCAGCGAGCAUCUUCCAAGGACAUCCAGCACCUCUCCCCAGCAACUGAUUUCUACAAGAAGCUGGCGUUGGACUGCUCCGGUCAGCAGGUGGCUGUCGACCUGUUUCUGCUCAGCUCUCAGUACUGCGACCUGGCAUCACUUGGCUGCAUAUCCAGAUACUCGGCAGGGAGUGUUUAUUACUACCCUUCCUACCACCACCAUCACAAUCCAGGUCAGGUGGAGCGCUUCCACAAGGAUCUGAAGAGAUAUUUAACAAGAAAGAUCGGCUUCGAGGCCGUCAUGAGGAUACGUUGCACCAAAGGUUUGUCCAUCCACACGUUCCACGGGAACUUCUUCGUGCGCUCCACAGAUCUGUUGUCCCUCCCCAACGUCAACCCGGACGCUGGCUUUGCUGUUCAGAUGUCCAUUGAAGAAAACCUGGAUGACAUGCAGGUCGUUUCCUUCCAAGCUGCGCUUCUGUACACCUCCAGCAAAGGUGAGAGGAGGAUUCGUGUGCACACUUUGUGCCUUCCUGUUGCCAAUUCUUUGUCGGAUAUCUUUGCUGGAGCCGACGUUCAGGCCAUCACUGGGCUGUUGGCUUCAAUGGCUGUGGACCGCUCUGUGUCCGCCAGUCUGAGCGAUGCCAGAGACGCCAUGACCAACGCCGCCAUCGACUCGCUGACUUCAUACCGGCAGUCGGUGCUGACCAUCCAGCAGCCCGGCUUGUUGGCUCCAGCCUGCCUCAGACUCUUCCCACUCUUCAUCCUCGCUCUGCUCAAACAGAAAGCCUUCAGGACCGGCACCAGCACCAGGCUGGAUGACAGAGUGUUUGCCAUGUACCAGCUGAAGUACCAGCCGCUGGCCUUCACCAUGCUGAUGAUCCACCCCGCUCUGUACCGGGUCGACGACCUGACCGAUGAGGGAGCUUUAAACAUCAACGAUCGGACCAUCCCCCAGCCCCGAGUUCUGCAGCUGUCUGUGGAGAAGCUCAGCAGGGAGGGAGCGUUCCUCAUGGACGCUGGAACUGUGAUGUAUCUUUGGAUCGGUCGUAACUGUCAACCUAACUUCCUCACACAAGUCCUGGCAGUUCCAAACUACGCAGCGGUGCCUGAUAAUCUGUACCUCCUCCCAGAACUGGACACCGCAGAAUCUCAGAGAACCAGAGCUUUUGUCGGCUGGCUCAGGGAUCAGAGGCCGUUCUCCCCCUCCUUCCACAUCAUCAGGGAUGAGAGCCAACUGAAAGCCCACUUUAUGCAGAACAUGAUUGAAGAUCGAACCGAGUCGGCUCUGUCGUACUACGAGUUCCUUCUGCACAUCCAGCAGCAAAUCUCCAAAUAAUCGAGCGACAGGCUGGAGGGAACCCUCUGAGGAGAAAGGACGGACAUCGUGUGUAUGUGUGUGUGUAUAUGUAUUUGGAUCUGCGUGUGUGUUUAGAGGUCAACCUCAGCUUCUUGCUCCGACUCCAGCCGUGCUCCACCAUCAACUCUGAGAUGAACCUGAGCGGAUCUGAGGCGUCUGCCGAAUCAAAUGGAGCGAGCGGCUGUGGGUGCGAGGACGUGACGGAGACUUGAUUCUGAUGUAAUCUGGCACUUUUCUAAUGAGCUGAAGCAGCGUGUUGGAGGAAAACUAAAGCAGUCCACUGUGAUGAUUAUGUCGGUGAUUGAUUGAAUCAGUGUUUAUUCUCACAGAACAAUCCUUUCAAACGGAGGUUCGGAUAAAGCGCAGGCAAGCAGAUGUCUUUUCUAAAACGUGUACGUACGAGUGCUUGAGGUUAGGUUUAUAUUGAAGGUUGGAGCUCAAAGAUUUUUUUUUUCUUUUUGAGUUGUCAUCUGGAGAAUUUGUGCACACCACACCUGAGCUUUACCAUACUAAUGUACCUGAAGGACGGAGAACGUUUUGUUUUUAAUUUCAAAGUCAUUAUAAUCGUUUGCCGAACAAAUGUGUCGCCUCUGAUGUCUUCGCUGCCUGGAACGUGUCGACGGUGAGAAGUUGUCUCGUUGGCCGGAUCGGUCCUUCAGAAACGUCGUCUCUUCUCUGGACAUUCAGACGUCUGACGACUUCGCUGUUCUGUUUGUUUUUUUGUUUUCUAUCCCUGACUGUUUAAUUUAUGAGACUCCCAAUCUGAUUAAAUUCUCUAAUUGCCUUGGAUGGGAACUCACUUUUUAUUAUUAAUCCUCUGUUUAAAUACUGACUCUAUAUAUAUGAAAUAUUUUAAUAUAAUAGGAUAUGGGAAAUUCUUUAACAGUCGUAACAAAGCCAUUUUGGUCUUUUAAUCAUGCUUAUUGAUACUUGUAUAUUGAAAAGACUGCAUUAUAUAAAGGAGAAGAAAUGAUUUUAGUAUAAAGAAGCUGCAAUGAUGCUAAGAAAAUAAACUCUUUGGGACUUUUUAAAUGUAGUUUGUGUC